AUGCAAAUUAAUUGCUCAUCAAAGAAGGGAAUUUAUAGCUUUGGCAAUCGAAAAAACCAGAAUCAAGACUAUUUUGUUUUCGAUUUCAUUCUUCAAAAUAAACCAUUCUUAAAGUACAAUUAUUUCAACAGAUUACUUAUCUCAAAAUAUCAAGUAUUUUUUAAAAAUCCUUCUGAAAAACCAACAAAUGGUCCAGGAAUUCGGCAUUUAAAGCCAAGUAAUAUUGUUUGUCCCCUCAAUUAUUUACUUCUUGGUGGAGGAAAUUCUAUUUGUCUCUGGAUUUGGAAAUCUAAAGCUUUUACAAACAAUUUUUGUUCUUUCGGUUCUAGCCUUUUCAUAUCAUUGACUACGAAUAUAGAAAGCAAAAUUCAGGAAAUUCAUCAGCAAGCUCUCAAGCGCCAGCUACCUACAACAGUUGCUAGCUUUCUAUACCAAACAAAAGUUUCAUUUACACAACCGAAAGCAACCUUCGAAGUUGUAGUAGGAGGUAGACGGCAUUCAGCAACAUAUCCCGGCGUCCCAAGCAGUCAUGAAGGUACCUUAAUGAAGGCAAAUGCUAAAGCCAAUCUGUUUACCUUCAAACUAAUGACCCAUCAACAGCCCAGCUUAGAGAUUGCUUAA